UCUGUGUCCAGUUCUUGUUUACUGUUAUCAAUUUCCCUCAACCGCACCUCGCCAAUAAGAUUAUUUAUUGCUAAAAUAUAUCGCGAAAAGUUAUGAAUAAGAAGAAACUGGGCAAUUUUUCGGAGGAGCAGCAGGGAUCUUUGGAGGAUACAGCAUCAGAUAAUAAUUCUCCCAGCAGCGAUUCCGAAUCCGACACAUCAAAACAAAUUAGGACUAUGAGAGAGCUUAAGAAAACUAUUGAAAUCAAUCAAAGACAACUCCGAGAUCUGGGUGAAAAAUUAAAAGAAGCUGAAACAUUGGUAAAUUUUUACAAGGAAAAAUGUAAGGACAAAGACGAGCUGAUUGCUUCCUUAAAAACAUCAAUCGAGUUGAGCAGUGAAACUAUAAAACUAAUUAAAAGUCAAAAGGCAGAACUGCAAACUUCUCUGCCACUUCACAACAACUUAAACAUACCAAAAUUGGAUGGGAAAUCCUACCAACCUGAGCGAUAUGCCUUCAAAUAUGGCUUUAAAAAAUCUCGAAUCUAAAAUUAGAGAGAAAGAGAUCAUGCUGGAGAAACUGGAAACUAAAGUAGAAACAGACGGCAAUAUCAUAUCUAAUCUCAAGUCCCAAAUUAGAGAUAAAGACAUUCUACUGGUCAAUUUCGAAGACAAAGCCCAAGCGGACAAAAAUGAAAACAAAGAACAAAGAAAGGCAAUAUCAGGGUUAGAAAAUAAAAUAUCAGAGCUAGAAGACAAACUAAAGCAAACAAAUGAAAAUCUAGCAAUAUACAAGAAACAAGGAUCUGCUGAAGAAAUGGUUGCAAGUUCGCCAAUGAUUUUGUUUAACUACACGAAAACAUCAAUGGAAAUAUUUAAAGCACGCAAUGUAGAAGCCCUUCAUAAAUUGGAUUUGAUUAAUUUAACUAUAGGUUCUGGAUGGAUAGUCGUACAGAAACAUUUUAAUGAUGGUGAGGACUUUGACACUCCAGUUAUUUCGAAAAUUUCAGAUAGCUUUCAAGACCAAUCAUUGGGUACCCCAGAGGAGAGUUUCUGGCUUGGCUGCGAGUUAUUGCACAAAAUAACAACGGGACGGAGGCACGAAUUAUACAUUUUACUUUCAUACUUCAAUGGUCAUCAAAUAUAUGCCCUAUACGAUGACUUUGUUGUGGGUCCGGGUCCAGACUACAAAUUGAAAUCCCUGGGUAAAUACGAGGGAGACGCUGGCGACGGGCUUCGGAGUCAUGAGAAUCAGAAAUUUCGUAGUUACUCACUAAGUUCGGAAUCGGUUUGCUCUCGAUGGUGGGAAAGUAAGGACGACGGAUAUUUCAAUUUGAAUGUACCAUAUAGAAAUGGGAAACUUUAUAUAGAACCCAACGAGUUCGUAUGUGCCAGUAGAAUGUUUAUAAGACCGCGGACAUAGCUUGCAGUUUUAAAAGACUCACCAAUUAAGACGGGUGGUAUUCACUGAAUUAAAUUUGAUACCUGUAUCGAUGCGAAAACUUUUUAUGUAAUUUAAAAAAGUGAAAUUGUUAAUAUGUAAAUUGUAUUAUCUUCUGGUAUGAAAAUAUAAAUUUCAUCAAAGGCA